GCAUUAUCGAUUAUAUUAUUGUAGAGCUUACGGCAACUGUACAAUAUCUUGCUUUAGCUCACCGUCCAGUGACUAGUGUAGUAGUGUUGUAGGUAGUUGUAGUUAACUACCUACUUACAUUUUUUUAAUUCGGGUUUGCUAGGUUCAGACAUCCAAGGAGAUGGGAAUCAUCAAAGAUAAUUUAGGUAUCGGCUGAUUUUCACCAUUAUCAGUAAAAACCUCACCAAGCACGUUUCCGUAAGCAAUUCAUAAAAUCGAAGUUCCGGUAGCGAUCGACGAUAUCGUACAAUAAUUGUAUUAUUGUAAUAUAAACGGCGAUAAGAAAUAGUAAAUUAAUAAUAAAAUAUGACGACACGUGAAAAAAAUAUAGGUAUUAUCAUCUGCAACUCGACAAAUGACUACGGGUGUUCAGCAACCAUAGACAUCUAUCCGACAGAUGAUGUCAUGUUAUGCUCUUCAACCAUCGUUCACGAGCCCCAUCCACCACCGCUCAAAACGUCGAUAAGUAUCACCAUCGUUAAUCGCUGCUGAGACUGAGCUUAUAAACUGGCGCUCAUUCUGGCGAUAGAUCUGGUAGUUCAUGUACCAGAUAGUGGUACCACAUGAACCUGUGAUACACGCAGUUCACCAGAUUCCGCAGUCGACACCCCGAAUCAUUACUCCAGACGGCCGUGUGCCAAAUACCACAGACGACUUUCCAGCAAUUUGUGUCGGACGAUGUCAGAUACCGUUGGCUGCCCCAGGUUUAGCAGGCCGAGCAGGCGUCACGCGAGUCAACGAUGUUAUUGGAAAGCAGACAAAUCGUGCUGGACCUCAGAUUGUUAUAAAGUGUUUUUCCGUAUCGUUGUUGUUUAACGAUACGAUUGUGUGGCCUGAUAAAUCUUGUGCAGAGAGUGGUGUUCGUCAUCGUCAGGCAAUCGUCACAAACAGUUGAUAAGACGUCUGCCUUCUUUGGUAUGCACCGUCUGGCAUGAUGGAUCCGGAUGGCGGCUACGGUUUUUGAUGAAUAGCCAGUAUUACUAAGUUAUAGGGUGGUGCCGGUGGGUACAUGCUCUGCUGAUUCUAUUGGCAGGGGGAGAAACUAGAAAUACUACGGACCUCAUUAAGAAUUGCAGCUGCAGUGAUAUUAGAGAAUGAUAACCCGUUAUGAUAAAAUAUUGUAUGAUAUUAUCGAUCGCUAUCGGAACUUUUAACCGUAAUGUGAGGUACUUUAUAUAGUUAAAUUUUAAAAUCAUAUAAGUGAAAUAAGUAAUGAAUAUUCAUUAUUUUUAUUUUGAAAAAUAUAUUAUUUACCUUACUGUUUAUUUGAACAAUAUUAUUAUUAGAAUGACAAUUUUAAUUAAAUUUAUCAUUUAAAUAUUUUUUAGUACAA